CACAGCCUACUACUGAUUUAGUGAGUGUACUAAAAGAAACAUGUGCAACGCAGUGAAUGUCAACUGAAACCCCCGUCCAGAAAAUGUCCUCUUCCGGGACUCCGCAGUCCCCGCCGGAAAUAACCGCCGAAUGGACGGUCCACGCCCAGUUGACCCUGUCCCACCAGGGUAGCAGUUCCAACUGUGAUAAACCAGCCGCCAAUCCGGAAGAUCCCGCCGCCGCCAAAAACGACGCAAAUGAGUCAGACCUGUCCAGCAGGCCUUCGGGGCCGGCACCGGUAAAGGUGGUCUAUAAAUUUAGCACCGCCGACUCGGCCGCCGAAGGAAGCUGCUGUAAUAAUUCUCCAAAUGCCAAGGGAAAAGUCGUUGGUGGAGCUAUUUUCGGUGAAUCAGCCGUCGACGGUGUGGCUGCUGCUGCGGCACAGCCGAACCUUCCCCCUAGUGAUCCUCUAACUUCGGACAAACCCCCGCCCAAACCCACCAGCAGCGAAGAUUCCGGCCUGUCGAACAACUCCAGCUCGGCAUCGGCCAGCGAACGGCCCCAGACGCUGACCAUUACGCCGCAUCUCUUUCCCAAGUGCACCAGUACCUGCAGCAUCGUGCUGACGGCGGACCUGCAUCCGGCUUCGGUUCCAGGCGGGGAAGUUCCGACGAUUGUGGGCAAGUGCGCUUCCACCAGCAAGGUGGACAAGUUUACUCUGUUUCCGGAGCAGCCAACUAGGAUCUACGAGGCGAAGGACGCCAGCUGUCAAACCAGUGACAUUGAGGCCGCGCUAGACAAGUUGGUGCGCGCCAGUGGAGAUGAUCUGCGCAAGAAGGUCGCGGAGGUCGCGCCAGCGGAGAAGUACAACUCCUUGACGAGAAAGUCGCCCCUCUCGACGGCGGCGGACAUCAUCUCCCCUAGCAAUACGCUGCAGUCGCAACGGUCCAGCCAAAGGGACGGCGCUGGUGGAGCAGGUGGAGGUCGGAAGAAGCCCCGGACGGUGCACAUUGACGUGUACUGCACCGGGUCGGACGCGGAAUCUUCGAGCUCGUCGGAUGCAGAGUCUUCGGCGCGGUCCGUGUCUUCUUCGUCCUCUUCCGGCAGUCGGUUCGACACGAGUCACUUUGUGGAGUUGAAGUCGGCGGCGGCUGCGGCCGCUGUGGCUAAUAGCGCAAGUCAUCCGACGGUCUACGAGUCGGAGGAGUGCAAGGUUCGGCACAAGAGGGCUGGAAAGCACGAGGUUCCCAGGAGGUUACUUCAGCAGACUGUGGAUCAGAGUACGUUGUCCACGAUUGGGAGUCUGAAGAAGGCUGGCGGGCAGGGUCGCAAGCGUUGCACUACCAACGAGGAAAUCAACGAAUCCAAGCAGAUCUUGUUCAGUCGCAUACUUGGGCAAGCUCCUAAGGAGAUGACCCCCUUCCCGGACGUGGAGUACCUUCCACGCGAUCCAAGCGAUGACAACCUCAGCUCAAACUACCCGUUCUCGAACCGGUCCACCAAGCGGGACAUCACCGGCAGUAGUCUGUCGAGUGCGUUGGCUUCGGGCGGAGCUGACGAGGUCGGAGAUCUGGACGAAGCUACCGGAGGAAUCGUGAAUCUGCACCGCAGCGGCACAACUGCCACGCACUCAGACAGUUUCGAGUACGAAAACAGUGAGGAUCGGUACCGGAUUUACGAGAUGGAAAGCCGUUGGGGCAACCAGUCCUGGAAGUCCCCGUCGGUCGAGCGAAGACUGUUGGAAAUCCACAAUCCCCCGAUUCGUCGCCGAAACAGUGAGUCGGACAACCUGUCCGAGUCGGACCACAGCUUCGUGUACGACAGUCCGUCCCGGCCGGGACCCAGCGAGCCCAGCAAUCACUCGCAGGCCGAGUUUAGCGACUCCAGUCCGUCAACCGUGAAGAGUUGUCCAAGUCGCAGCGCGUCGAACGCCAAGCGGAUCCUCCAGCAGGCCCUGCUGAAAGCGGGUGGAGCUCCACCCGUGUCAACCCGCGUCUGGUCCCCGGUGGAAGGCUACUCCACGGAGUACCUGGCGCUGGCCCGACGGUUCGGCAGUCUCAUCACCGGCAAGCGGAAACCCGGCGUCCACAUGGGACCGGUCCGGAAUCCGGAGUGCCAGUGCGAGCACUGCCGGCGCUGGGUCGUCGAACGGGAGGGCGGGCUGCGCGAGCGGGCCCUCUCGGCUCAAACGCGUCUCUCGGAAUCCUCCCGCAAGCUUGACCUGCUCCGAAAAGCGCUCGAGCUCCGCCGGUUAGAACUCCCCCAAGAUUCGCAAGCCGCGAUCCAGCUCAAAGCGGAACUUCAAAAUGUGCAAGCCUCCAGCCCCGUCCCAGUGCAGUACACCUCCCUUCACCCAUUCCGGGGGACGACGCAGGGCAAACCCGCGCACAGUUUGUCCUUCAGCCGGUGUGCCGCCGUCACGGGGAAGCUCGAGGUACGGCUCAUGGGCUGCCAGGACCUGCUGGAGGACGUCCCAGGACGGUCACGCCGGGACAAAGACUCCGGCUCGAGUCCGGGCGAUUUGAAGAGCUUCGUGAAGGGCGUCACCAGUCGGAGUUCGUCCAAGAGUUACAGUGUAAAGGACGAAACGUCGUCGGAGAUUAUGGCUGUUAUUAAGUUAGACAACAUCACCGUUGGGCAGACCUCGUGGCGGCCCUGCUCGCAACAGGCCUGGGAUCAACGCUUCUCGAUAGACCUAGACCGGUCGCGGGAGCUCGAAAUCGGCAUCUACUGGCGGGACUGGCGGUCACUGUGCGCCGUCAAGUUCCUCCGGCUAGAGGAGUUCAUCGACGACAUCCGGCACGGGAUGGCCCUGCAGCUGGAACCGCAGGGACUGCUCUUUGCCGAGAUCAAAUUCCUCAACCCGAUGAUAUCGCGCAAACCAAAGCUCCAGCGGCAGCGGAUGAUCUUCAACAAGCAGCAGGUCAAAAACAUCCCCCGCGCCAAACAGAUGAACAUCAACGUGGCCACCUGGGGACGGUUGCUCAAGCGGAACACCGGAUCGUCGGCGGCGGCUGGUACCGCCCAACCAAUGAUCACGACCCCGUCAACCCCAAGUUCCACCGCCGCACCCUUCGACACCGUCGUGGAACACGACCCCGCGGAAACGCUCGGCGAGUCGGCCGACUUUAACACCAUCGGCCUCGGCGGUGGCAGGCCACUCGGAAUCCACGGCGUAGCCGUCCUGCCGGACAGUCCCUCGACGCACUCGCUCCAAAGUCCGACGAGUCCCCUCACGGCGACGACGACGACGGCCGGAAUGCGACCCGGCAGCACACCCGCCAGCUUCCGCCAGAAGAAACCGCCGAUGCCAUCACCACCACCACCAUCACAGCAGGCGGCGACGACGCCGUUGACGCAAUCGGUGACGUCGCCGACGGCCGCCGCCAAAAUGGACCAGGAGUUACAAAAUGCGUUGAGGGAGUUUGAUUUCCUGCACAACCAGCAGCACCAGGAGCAGGAGGACGAAAUGGCCCCUCAGUUUGCCACCCAGGCACCCCCAGAACUGGACCUGGACGACGACGACGACGAUGACUACGACGUGCCACCGCCGCCCUUGCCCAAAACGCCCCCACCAACCACCCCGACUGCUACGCCCCUGCAAAAGAGUCUCUCCGGAGAUUUGCUCCGGCCGGUUCUGUCGAUGCCUCCGGUGGUCCUGAUGGGAGGAGUUGGUGCAGGUGCCAACAACAACAGGGACAGCCUCAUUUCGUACACGGCCAGUCCGAUCGUGGAGGAACCGCCGUCGCCGGCUCCGGGCGGGUUAGAGUAUCCGGACUUUCGGGACCGGAACCAGCAGCUGGACUACGAUGCGUACACGGUCGAUGAGGACGAGGACGGUGGCGGAGAAACGUACGACCAGAUUAUCGAGAUCAUCCAACCGUUCGAGCACCUGGGCGUUUCCGGCAAUGUCGUACUACCACUACCACAACAACAUCACCACUCACAGGGCGUGGCCACGUCCGCGGCGGCAGCGGCAGCCGCCCUCCAACAACAGCAACAGUACUACCAGCAACAACUCCAGCUCCAGCAGCAACAGCAAGCUGCCCUUCACCCGCAACCGGAUUUGGCCGUGGCCGGUCCGGCGGCACCAGCGCGACGCCAAGGCCCCGCCCGUGCCCUCCAGUAUCGGGACAGUGCGUACGAGAGUCGGCGCCAGUCGCAGGUGGGAGGUGCCGGAAGUGGAGCAGGAAUGCAAAUCGACAGCUUCCGGCUGUUGAGCGUGCUUGGUCGGGGCCACUUUGGCAAGGUCAUUCUGGCGCAGUACAAAAAUACGGGGGAGUACUUUGCCAUCAAGGCGCUUAAGAAGGGCGACAUUAUUGCGCGGGACGAGGUCGAGUCGUUGCUGAGCGAGAAGCGCAUCUUCGAGGUGGCCAACACGAUGCGGCACCCGUUCCUGGUGAAUCUGUUUGCCUGCUUCCAGACGGAGCAACACGUCUGCUUCGUGAUGGAGUACGCCGCCGGCGGUGACCUGAUGAUGCACAUCCACACCGAUGUGUUUGCGGAACCGCGGGCCGUCUUCUACGCGGCCUGUGUCGUCCUCGGGCUGCAGUACCUGCACGAGAGCAAGAUCAUCUACCGCGAUCUGAAGCUCGACAACCUGCUGCUGGACACGGAGGGUUACGUGAAAAUCGCCGACUUUGGUCUGUGCAAGGAGGGCAUGGGCUUCGGCGACCGGACGGGUACGUUCUGCGGCACGCCCGAGUUCCUGGCGCCGGAAGUGCUCACGGAGACGUCGUACACGAGGGCCGUCGACUGGUGGGGUCUCGGCGUGCUGAUCUUUGAGAUGUUGGUGGGAGAGUCACCGUUCCCUGGGGACGACGAGGAGGAGGUGUUUGAUUCGAUCGUGAAUGACGAGGUCCGGUAUCCGAGGUUCCUUUCGCUGGAGGCGAUAGCCAUCAUGAGAAGGCUACUCCGCAAGAAUCCCGAACGGCGGCUCGGUUCGUCGGAGCGGGACGCCGAGGACGUCAAGCGGCAGGCCUUCUUCCGGAACAUUGUCUGGGACGAUCUGCUGCUCAGGAAGGUGAAACCGCCGUUCGUGCCAACCAUUCGCUCCCCCGAGGACGUGUCCAACUUUGACGAGGAGUUUACGUCGGAGAAGCCGGCGCUGACGCCCCCCAAGGAUCCGCGCGUCCUCACCGAGAGCGAACAGACUUACUUCAAGGACUUUACCUACAUGGCGGACUGGUGUUGACAGUAAGCUUGCGUCGUUUUUUAGUUAGUCUUCUUUUUUGUUCUUUUUCUGUUUUCUUCCCUAUCGUCUAUUGCGGUCUCCUCCCCUUUGAGCGAGUACUUUUCCUUAUUUUCUUUUUCCCGUUCGUUAUCGCUCAAGUGGACUAAUUGGAUAUAAAGCAAACAAAAAAAAGUAAAAGGUUUGAAGAAAACUGCAUGGGUAGAGAAAACAGUCGUUGUUAUUGAUAAAAAAAAACAAACAAACAAAAAACAUGUUAAUAAUAUAUACAAUUACGUAUGCUAAACAGCUGAUCAAACAAAAAAACAGCGACAAAAAUAUACACAAUAGGUGAUAAACAAAACAAAAAAGAGCGAGAGAGUGUGGAGAAACCCCUCUACUGCAAGCAGAGAGAUUUUUCUUUAUGAUUUUUAAACAUUUUUUUUACACAUGAAACAAAAACAAACAAGAAUGGUCUUCCAAGUGAACGAAAAAGGUAGCAAAAAAAACAAACAUUUAAGAAAGAAGCCAGACAAAGACUAGCAGCAGCUCUAUUUAAGGUUGAAACAGAAGGAAUAAAAUCAGGCUUUAAAGAUGAUUCUUAAGAAUUCGCGUGACGACGACGAGAAGAGUGAUAAAAAAUGCAUCAUCAACAUUGAGAGAGAGAGGGAAAAGUGAAACAGAUUUUUUUUUCCUUUCUUUUUAUACGAAUUUAAGCUUAACCGUUAAUCAAGCCCCCUCAAAAUCACACAUUUAUGCAGAAGCAGCAGCAGCAAACCGAAAAAGUAAUUGUAAGGUGCCUUUAUUGUUGUUGAAAGCUUGUUGAAAGCAAAGUGGAAUUGAACCCUGUCAAGCAAUGGAUUCGAUGACGUUUCUUUUCUCUUUUCUUCUUUUUCCCCCACUGAAGACAAUCAAAAUUAAAAUACUAAACCAGCGCCUUCGUUCAGUAACAGUUGCCUUUUUUUAUUGUAUUUAUAAACACUGUUUAUUUAUUCUUUUAAAACACGCCGUGAAAACAAAAAAAAAAUCACAAUUUAUGCUAGUUUUCCCCCCCACACUUCCUUUCCUGUAAACUGUAAAUUUACGUUACGUUUGCAGUUCAAUUCCAAGCACGUUGCUGAUUUUAAGAAAAUCGCCUCCGCCUCCCAAAAAAAGAAAGAAAGAGGCGAAACAGUUGCAUUAUUAUUAGUGGAUUGUGUUUAUAUUAGCUGUAGAAAGAAGCAACGCAAACACACAUACACACACACACGCGCGCGCGAUAAUGUUAGAAUAUUAGAAACCCCUAUCACUAUUAACUACUAUUACUACUACAGAAAAAAAUGUAUGACUCUAGGCUUAGCGAUAAAACGUAAAAAAAAACAGCAGAAUUAUGUAGAAGCCAAGCUCAGUUGCUGCAAGGAAAGAAAGAAAGAGGAUUAGUAGGCGCGUUGUUUAUUUUUUAAAAACGUUACAUUAAUUUAGAAACACACACCAACUCACUCACUCACACAAUCAAACGCAGGCAUCGUCACAAAAAAAGAAGAAAGGAAACACAGACACAUCCAUACAAAACACGUGAUUAUAACUUUUAUCGAGGAGAGUAGGAAAAAUGAGAGACAGAGAGAGAGAGUUUACAUAUUAAAAGAAUUGCAGAAAAAAAGAAAAGUUAAAGUGAAGAAAAAACACACAUUAUACUAAAUAGUCGUUUAUUGGUAAAGAAAAAAAAAAUAUGCAUUUUUCGAGGUUAACAAAUAUACCAGAAAGAUUAAAAGUUAAA